UAAAAAAAUAAUGUAAUGUUUAGAAUGAUACUAAUGAAGGAUAUAAAAAACAUUUUUUAAAAAGCGCAUAGGCCAAUGCGUUCAUAGUUUGGGGGGUUUUGAAAUUUGAAAGCAGACAUGCCAAGAGACAUGCGCAUUAAACCAAGAAGGGAAAUAGUUACGCAUGAUGCGUAGGAAUCCGGGAUACCAGAGGUAACCAAGGAAAUCGCUUCUGUUUUGUUGAUACUGGCUGAGUAAACAUUUCCAGUUUCAAGUUCACAUAGUUUAAUGAAAUUAAUAAAAUAUAUUCUGAAUAAAAAUACUCAUUGUGUCAAACAACGAACUUAAGCCAUGCUUCGCUGUUCGGGACUUCCGUUUCUCCCAGGAAAUUCUUUCCCAGAUAUCAGCCAAACGAAGUUCAACAAAUCGCAUCACUUCGAUCGAUGGCGCAACAUCUGCAUGCUCGCUGACCGGAAACGACCUGGAAUCGGUGGAAAGCAAUACUCCCCAACCGAUGGUCCCGAGUACUGCCUUCCAUCGCUGUAUCCUCCGCGCCAAGGACCCCUCCUUCCAUCCUGGUUGACAUACGACCGAAAAGUCCUCUGCUUCCACGGAUUCUUCCAGGAAACGCUGACCGAAGUGGACAGAAUUCCCUACCAGAUUAGGAAGGUGAAGAUCCUGUACUACCUGGAGGACGAUACCAUGCAGGUGAGCGAACCCCGCACCAUGAAUUCCGGCAUUCCGCAGGGUUGCCUGGUAACGCGCCAACGGAUUCCCCGGCCGCCGCCUUACGAUGGAGAGUUCACUUCCCUGCUGGAUUUGAACAUCAAUCACACGGUGCAGCUGUUUGAUCGCGUGUACACUAUUACCGGAUGUGAUGAGUUUACACGAAAGUUUCUCAACCGCCUGGGGAUAUCGGUGCAGGAAUCCGUCGAACCUCCUAUCGAUCCCAGCACUGAACUGCGCAAGAAACAGGACGCCGCAAAGUUAGCCAAAAGACCAGCCUACAAGAUAGACACCUUGGGUAAAUUUUUGGAAUUCGAUCGUAAGGUUCUACGCUUCCAAGGGUUCUGGGAUGACCGAUCCAGUCUGUUCGGCGAUGUACACGAGCUAGAAGUGCUGUACCAUUUGAGUGAUGAUACGUUCGAAAUCAAAGAAAAGCUGCCACUGAACUCUGGACGCGACUCGAACGGCAUGUUUCUACGGAGAGGACGCCUUCCGAAGCAAUUCGAGCGUUUACCGGUGAUGGGCGAGAGUACACCGGUGACGGUGUUGAAUGUGAUUGGAGGUGGUCUGAAAGGAGGUCGAUACCUGACGGACUGUGUGGGAAUUGGUAGGGUCGAUGAUAAUUACUAUAAAGAUUCUGACCUUGCCAUAGGAAAGACAAUAAACGUCUAUGGCAGACGAGUGAUCUUGACGGGGUGCGAUUACUCUACAAGUGAUUACUAUAGAACUAAGUACGGAAUCGAAGACUUCACACCCAUACCAGGCUAUAGUGUAACGAAGAACGAGUUUGAACGUCGCUAUCGCAGAGAACGUCAACUGCCACCUUACAAUGGAUGGGGAUCGCAUGAAGAUUCGGAAGGAAACUGCGUUACGGUCGAACCAACGCCACCGAAGAUCGAUUUCCGCAAGUUUGUAGUGUACGAUCGGUGUAAUCUACGCUUUGGAGCUCGAAUGAUUUCAAAUAUUAAGGAAAAUAAUGACCGGUUCUUCGUGAUCACGUACUAUUUGAGUGACGAUACGGUUUCGGUGUACGAGCUGAUGAUAAGAAAUUCUGGGUUUAUGGGAGGUGAAUUCAUGAAGCGCCAGCGGAUCCUCUUACCAAAUCAAGAUAUUUUUACACCUGCCAGACCUCAAUACUUUACUGCACAGGACUUCUAUCUUGGCGCAACGGUCAUUCUGCAGGACCACAAAUUCCACGUUACAAACGCCGACAUCUACGCUUUAUCAUUCAUGGAAACACAUUGCGAGGAGUUCCCACUAUCAAACGUUUCCAAAAUAGUUUUGAAAAUUCGGAAUGCCUUGCGGCCGAUCUACAAAGAAUACGUUGCCAAGCAUAUGGCGAAAGUCGAGCACAAAAAAGUGGACGGUCGAAGUGUGGCCACCGUUACGUACGACGCUCUGCGAGAUAUGCUGCUGGAGUUGUUGGGAGAUCAGAUUGUAGAACAAGAAAUCGUCACCCUGUGCCGACAGUUUUCAGCGGAAUCGAAGAAACACUUUAACUGCGACAAAGAACUGGUGCGAUCCGCCAUACAUGGAGAACUGACGAGACAGCUCUGGAAUGAUCUGGAACGAACUAAAGAGCACAUGUACCAUUUGGAUCCAACAGCAGAUGAAUGGAUGAGUCCACGGAACAUAGUGGUAACCGUAAAAGCAUGUAGAAUACCGCUGGAUAACGCAUUGAUCGAUGCUAUGUUGGAAGUUUUAAACCGAAACGAUCGCGGAGAUAUCGAAAUUAGGGAUUUCCUAAACAUGUUGAACCCGAUGGAGACGCCAUGUAAGCCGCUGCAGCCACUCAACAUAAAGCACGACGUCUGCUACUUUACGCCGUAUCGUGUCACGGGAAAUUUGGUCGAUUGGGACAAACUAUUGAGCAGUAUCGAUCUAGAGACAAAUCUGACUGCUCAAACAUCUUGAUCGAGUAAUUUGCUUUAAGACCUGGUCUAGGUAGGUAAAACUCUAGGUGAAGAUUUUGAUUUGAAAAAAACUUAAACUUAAGAGAAAUAAAUUUGCAGUGAUACAUCA